AACCCUCUCUCUCUCUCUCUCUCACCGACAAUUGAAAAUCACUAGUCACAGUCACAAACCCCCGAUUUAAAAGUGUAGCUCUUGAUCGCAAAAUCAAAGCAAAGGAUUCAUUGAAAAAAAAAUGGGCAGGAAAUUCUUCGUCGGCGGCAACUGGAAAUGCAAUGGGACAAUUGAGGAGGUGAAGAAGAUUGUUACCACAUUGAACGAAGUUGAAGUUCCUUCUGAAGAUGUAGUGGAGGUUGUUGUAAGCCCUCCUUUUGUCUUUCUUCCUUUUGUAAAGAGCUUAUUACGGUCUGAUUUCCAAGUCGCCGCACAAAACUGCUGGGUCCGCAAAGGUGGUGCUUUUACCGGAGAGAUUAGUGCUGAGAUGCUUGUCAAUUUGGGUGUUCCCUGGGUCAUCCUUGGUCAUUCUGAAAGAAGAGCUCUUUUAAAUGAGACAAAAGAGUUUGUUGGAGAUAAAGUUGCAUAUGCACUAUCUCAAGGCUUAAAAGUGAUUGCUUGUGUUGGAGAGACUCUUGAGCAGAGAGAAUCAGGAUCUACCGUGGCCGUUGUUGCUGCUCAAACAAAAGCAAUUGCAGAUAAAGUAUCAAAUUGGGCUCAUAUUGUUUUGGCUUAUGAGCCAGUUUGGGCCAUUGGAACUGGGAAGGUUGCAACCCCUGCUCAGGCUCAGGAAGUUCACUUUGAAUUGAGGAAAUGGCUUCAUGACAAUGCUGGUGCUGAAGUUGCUGCAUCAACCAGAAUUAUCUAUGGAGGUUCUGUAAAUGGAGCAAACUGCAAAGAACUGGCAGCACAGCCAGAUGUGGAUGGAUUUUUGGUUGGUGGAGCUUCCCUUAAGCCAGAGUUCAUUGACAUUAUCAAGUCAGCCACAGUGAAGAAGAAUGUUUGAAAUUCAGGACCAUGGGUUGUUAUGGCCGCCUUCUUGCUUCCUCAUGGAAUGCUUAAUGGAAAACUUGUGUUAUAGUUUUGUAAUUGUGGUCUGUUCUUGGAGAUUUUAGCCAAGCAUAGUUUCAAGAAAAUUAAAAUAAGACAGUUAUCAAAAAGUAUAUAAGACUUACGUAUAUUUGUUUGUGUGAUUUAAGGCAUGGAUCUCACUUCAAAACUUAUUGAGACUUAUUACCUGAUUGUGUGGACUUGUUGCCGGUUGACUCUUUAUGUUUUUGAUUACUGCUUGAAAUGAAACCAAUUGGUGAUGGCUCAUUUAAUAAUGAGUAAUAACAAGCGGUCAAAGUGGAACGAA